AUGAAUCAAGAUAAUCAGGUGGGGGUUCCACUUCCAGAAAUAUCAUAUACUGACAUGCAGAUAUUUGAGAAACUAUUUCUUGCUCACCGUGCAUCUAAACAGUUCAUGGAAGAUCUUAAAUUCAAGUUAUCCCUACAAAACGAUUUUAAGCAAUUUAAGGAAUACUACGAAAAAGCAUUUAAAAUCAUAAAUAACCAUAAUAAAAAAGAAAAAGCUCUGGAGAAAUUGCUCAAAAAACAAGAACAUGAUCCUGAAACUUACAAGUAUUGGGUGUUUACAAAAGAAAUUGAAACAUACAAAAACUCUCCAGAAAAGCCCGAAUGCCCUGUAGUUCUUAUUUCCCCGCAAUUUACUUAUUUCAUUCAGAAGAUUUUUUCAAAGCCACUGAUGAAGAAACUUUCCAAUUUCACUAAGUUUUCAACAGAUGAGAUCAAUAUUAUCCGUAUCAACAUUUUUAAUGAUGCAAUCAGACAUCUUAACCUUUUACCAUCUUUCAUGAAGGAUUACUUCAACGAUCAAAAUGUCGUUAACAAGUUAAUUGAUUUGAUCACAGAAUAUCCCGAGUUAUACGGAUUACAACCAAAUAACCAAGAAAACAUCCGAAAAAUAGCCGAACAUGUCUUUUCAGACCUUAACAAAAUCUUCCCCCAGGGAAACACCUUCUUGAAUCCUGUUCCUUUCGUAGAUACAACGACAAUAACCCAAAGAGCCACAAAUCAAGAGAGAUCAGAGUUCGACAAGACCGUUAUUGCUAUCUUUGACAUUCUUCCUUUCUUCCCUCAUUAUUCUGACGAACAAACUUAUAUUAAAGGAAUUCAACCAAAAGUUCCAAGAUUCAACCUCAUUAAUAUCAUUAAUGAUAUUGCUUGCACAACAAAUGACCCAUUUAGCGCUAAAGAAUCAGAUGUUUGCGAGAGAAUUAAAAAUUCGACGAAAAUAUUGAAUACUUUAGGAGAUCAAUACAACAUCGAUGCUAUUUCCAACCUCUACAAUGACAUCGAGUCAGAAUUGAACACAAAUACCCAGAUUUUGAUCAAUGCCCAGAAAUACGUGAAACAAAUUACAGAACGUAUAUUAAUACCACGUGAGAAAUCCAAUGAUAACAACCAGAAGUACCUUGAGUUUGUUUCCAAGAAGAAUCACUUGUUAAUUUAUGAUCAGGCGUUUUCACUUUUUAUUCAAAGACAAAACAUCCAAGAGAAGUUUGGAACAGGUAACAUUGAUAAAUCCGAAGUUAGUUCUCUCAAUUCUUUGAUUUUCGACGUUUUCAAUGCGAAUUUGACUGCUAUUGAGAAAGUUACUCAGUUUAAGUUCAUUGUCCAAGACAUCAUUUCUAAAACUAAUGAAGACACAAUUAGAGGCGCCAUGAAAUACAUUCUUUUCACUUCAAAUCCACCAAAAAUGGUUUCUAAUAUAUUGUUCAUCAAAGAGAAAAAGAUUGAUGAUGGAAGAAUUGUUGAAUCAUUCUCUGAAGCAUUGCGUGAGUUGGGUGAAUCCAAUUUAUUAGCAAACUUGAAACAGCUUUUCCCCAAUUGA